UACAAGGGAGUUUCAUUUUAGUCAUAGGCGACGGGUGGUUCAGACAUAUAUCAGAGACAACUCAUGUUUUUGUAAAGUACCUAAAAUUCUUCUCAUGCUAAGACUAUGUCUCUGAAACCGAGCGAUGCCGGCGAAGCUGGUGGACUCCAGACACUGACAGUCUCAGAUGGAGAGCUGAACACGUUGGAGCCGGUGAAGCGCACAAGCUCACAAUGCUCCAAUAGUAACUCCAGCCUUCCCAGUGUGCCGAGCGUCAGGGCCAGCGGGGUGGGUCAUGUGGCCAGCUGGGCUGUCAGCUUUGAGAGGCUGCUUGAAGAUCCACUGGGAGUGCUCUACUUCACCGAGUUUUUGAAGUCUGAGGUCAGUGUGGAGAACAUUCUGUUCUGGCUGGCGUGUGAGAAUUUUCGCAAGAUACCAGCCAGUAAUGCUGAAAAGCUGAACAGAGAAGCUCUCACCAUCUACAACAGUUACCUGUCCAAAUGCGCCAGCAAUCCUAUCAAUAUUGACGACAAGGUUCGUGUCGAGGAAAAGGAUAUAGAGCAGCCUCAUCCUGAUAUCUUUCAGAAAGCCCAGGAACAGAUCUUUAAGCUGAUGAAGUUUGACAGCUACACUCGCUUCGUCCGCUCACAACUCUAUCAGAAUUGCAUGCUGGCUAACGUGGAGGGCAGAUCCCUGCCAGAGAUCGGCCCGUGCAAUAAACUUCCCCUGACCGUUAGACACAGCAGCCCUGUGAACAGGGAGCAGCAGAAAACAGAGCAGAAAUCUAAAGAGAAGGGAAAGGUCAAGUUAGGCAAGACUGCAGGAGGGGAGACAGAUAAUGUGGUAGAGAGGAAGAAGACAACCCUGCAAGGGAAAAUGAGCUGGGAGAAGCGAAAAGAAAAGAGAGCAUCCUGGGGAGAACCACAAAUGACAGGGAGACCUGGAUCCGUACACAGCACAGAGGUGGAACGGUUAGUAGCUCGUUCUACUGACUCGGCCGAUAAGUACUGCUGCGUGUUUUUACCCGAUGGCACUGCCUCACUGACCCCUGCUCGUCCUGGGAUCACGAUCCGCCGCAUGCUCACAGGCCUGUGUGAGAAAAGAGGGCUUCCUCUGUCUGACAUCAUCAUCUACCUCCAGGGCAAAGACAAGCAACCACUUUCUCUGGAGCAAGAUAGCUCAGUGUUGAAGGACCAGCAGGUUCACCUGGAGCUGCGGGUGACGUUUGCUCUGGAGGUAGCGUUCACAGGUAAGAGUGUGGCUAUGGUGGCCAAAUCCAACAAGACCCUACAGGAGGCGUUGGCUUCACUCCUGCAAAAAUACCGUCUCCGUCCCCAGGAUGUCUCCGUCACCAUGAAAGAAAGCAAAGAGCCGGUAAACAUGACCACAGUCGUCACCAGCCUGGCCAACAAGACACUAAUCCUGGACAAAGUAAAAGGUAUGGACCAAAGCCUUGCCUGCAAGAUACCUCCAGUUCCGGUUUCACAGGCACGUCGAGGCGCUGUAGAUCUUGAUCCGAGCCUCGCGAGUCUUUAUCGAUCAAAUCCCAAACAGAAAAACCCUGCUGUGAGAAAAACCUAUGAUAUGGAAGGUCUUGUGGAGCUGCUGAACCGAGCUCAGUGCUGCAGUGCAGAUGAUCAGCGUGGCCUCCUGAAAAAAGAGGACCUGAUCCUGCCGAAUUUCCUCCAGAUGCCUCUGGAGGAACACGACGAGGAAGACGAACAACAGGAGGAUCAAAGGAGUGCCGACCCCCAGCCGUUCGGGUCUACGGAAAAUCUAGUAGAACCCGCUUCAAACACGAAAGGAGAUACAGCAAAUUCUUCCACGUCUCUCCUUUGCACCACAGAUCCUGCAGACAGGAAGCUAACGGAAGGGUGUUCUAAUCCAGGUCGGGAAACAGUGGUGUAAAUUGGAGUUCUGCCAUAAUGGAUGUAUUUCUAUUUAGAGAGUGCUUGCACUGAACACGAAGGCUGCUCAGGUAAUGGAGGACACUUGGCUUCAAGACCUUUUUGGACUUGGCUGGAGGACAGAAGAAGAUGUUUACAAUUCUUGUGAUUCAGCACAGUGUUAAUGUUCAGUGAAAUGUAUUUAUUUGAAAAGGAUUGUCAAAUGUCAAAUAUAUAUUCAUUGCUUUAUGAAUGA